UUCCUAUGUCACUGAAAGGGAUCACUCAUCCUCUCGAUGGUUGUCUUGAGGGUAAGAAAUUCGCACAAAAGGAAAUGUGCACUUGUCUGCCUGUGCAUUGUUGGCUUCAUCAUGUACAGAUAUCUCGGCAUGCCAGCAGGGGGACGGAGAAUGAGCAGGAAGGUGGGUCUUAGCACCAACUCAUCCCAGUUCACCCUGGGGGGAGAGCCCUUCCGCAUCCUCGGGGGAUCCAUCCACUAUUUCCGUGUGCCCAAGGCCUACUGGAGGGACCGCCUGAUGAAAAUGAAGGCCUGUGGAAUCAACACCCUCACUACGUAUGUGCCAUGGAGUCUGCACCAGCCAGAGAGAGGGGUUUUCAACUUCCACACACAGCUGGAUUUAGAAUCCUACGUCAAUCUUGCUGCUGAAUUGGGAUUGUGGGUGAUUUUACGUCCUGGGCCAUACAUUUCCUCUGAGCUGGACCUAGGAGGACUGCCAAGCUGGCUUCUCAGCGAUGGCAGCAUGAGACUGAGGACGACAUACCCAGGCUUUACUCAGGCUGUCAAUACUUAUUUUGACAAACUUAUACCAAAAGUGGUUCCACUGCAGUUCAAGAAAGGUGGUCCCAUUAUUGCAGUGCAAGUUGAAAACGAGUAUGGAUCCUUUGCAAAGGAUGAAAGUUACAUGCUUUUUAUUAAAGAGGCUUUACAGUCCAGAGGGAUCAGUGAGCUCUUACUCACAUCAGACAGCCACAACACGUUAAAGUCAGGGGGUGUGGAUGGAGUUAUCAGAUCAAUAAAGCUGCAGAAGCUAAAUCAGAGAGACAUCCAGGAUCUGAAUGCUAUCCAGCCCAACAGCCCUACCAUGGUGAUGGACUACUGGACCGGCUGGUAUGAUGUGUGGGGUGACCUCCAUCAUGUGCUUCCCCCAGAGGAUAUGGUGUCUGCUGUGAGGGAAAUUCUGAGGCGAGGCAUGUCUGUCAACCUCUACAUGUUCCACGGAGGCUCCAGUUUUGGCUUCAUGAGCGGAGCACUGGCUGAUCCUUCCUACAAAGCACUGGUCCCCAGCUAUGAUUAUGACGCUCCUUUGUCUGAAGCUGGGGAGUACACUCCAAAGUACCAUCUCCUCAGGGAUUUACUUUCUCGAUUCAACAGAGAAGACAGUUUCCCUGACAUGCCGGCCCUGCAUUACAGGGAGGCUUAUGAACCAGCCGUCAUGUACCAGCACCUGUCCUUAUGGGAUGCGUUGAGCUUCACUGAGGGACCAUUUAAGUCACUCAAGCCAGUAAACAUGGAGAAUCUACCUGUGAACAACAGGAAUGGCCAGUCCUAUGGAUACACGCUCUAUGAGACUACCAUCACCAGAGGAGGAUUAUUGAAGUCUGGAGACAAUGUCCGAGACCGUGCCCUAGUGUUUGUAGACAGAAGCUACAUUGGCCUUUUCAAGCGCCAAAGCCGGGAGCUGGCGGUUCCUGAUGGUAAGGGACAGCGUACCUUGAGUUUAUUGGUGGAAAACUGUGGACGAGUUCAUCAGGGAAAGGACCUUGACAAACAACACAAAGGCCUUGUGGGAGACGUUUUAUUAAACAAUAUCCCCUUGCGGGAUUUUACAAUAUACAGCCUUGAUAUGAAACCCAGCUUUAUUGAUAGUCUUUAUCAGGCACCCUGGAAAACUCUCCCUGAAACUCCCAGCUUCCCUGGAUUUUUCAUGGGGAGGCUGUUUGCAUUCGGGUAUCCAAGUGACACAUUUGUGAAGUUGCCAGGCUGGGAGAAAGGUGUUGUUUUUAUUAACGGGCUGAAUCUGGGCCGCUACUGGUCAAUUGGCCCCCAGCAGACUCUCUACCUCCCUGGUCCCUUCCUCAACAGCGGAGUCAACCAGGUAAUUGUGUUUGAGGAGCAGGAGGGUGACUACAAGGUCCUCUUUGAGGAGACGCCUGAUCUUGGCAUGGCAGCAGACAUCCAGUGACUGUCAUCACUGCCUGU